AUGUAUUUGGUACUUGGUUUGCCUAACGACCUCUCCGUGUACUGGCACCAGUACCCCUACAGCCUCGGCAUCAUUUUCUGCAAGCUGCGAGCUCUCAUCUCAGAAGCGGCCUCGUACGUCUCCGUGCUAACAAUAGUGGCUUUCUCCCUGGAGCGGUACUUAGCCAUCUGCCACCCCUUGCACCUGUACGCAAUGGCGGGCCUCCGCCGCGCGCUACGCAUCGUCGCCGGCCUUUGGGUGGUGUCGCUUAUAUUCGCCUCACCAUUCGCUGUCUACACUACUGUUAAUUACCACAGUUAUCCACCUGGUUCAGGCAACUAUUCAGUGGAGUCAGCGUUUUGCGCGAUGCUGGAGCUGCCGUCCUGGUACCUGUGCGAGCUGAGCAGCCUGCUGUUCUUCAUCCUACCGGGGCUGAUCAUCCUCGCGCUCUACGUCCGCAUGGGCUUGCGCAUCAGAUCGACGCACGCGCACAAGCCGGGCAGCCCGGGCACAUUGAACGGCGUGAAUGGUAGCGUGCACGGCGAGGCACGCCAAGCGCAAUCCAGGAAGACCAUUAUCCGGAUGCUCGCGGCUGUAGUAAUCGCUUUCUUCGUGUGCUGGGCGCCGUUUCACUUCCAACGCCUCUUUUACAUCUACGGCACGGGCUCGCUGUACUACCACACCAUCAACCAGUACCUCUUCAGCGUCGCCGGCCUGCUAUACUACGUCUCCGCCACUGUCAAUCCUAUUCUUUAUAAUGUCAUGAGUCACAGGUACAGGAUCGCCUUUAGAGAGACGUUAUGCUGCAGCAGAAUUCGAACGAAGAAAAGCAAAUAUCGCGAGCACUCCAGCAUCAGAGAAACCAUGGUCAAUCAUACGUCAGAAGGUACUCAUCUCGUCAGGAACUACAUGCCAGAUGGUGCGUUGAAACGGCGCGUGGCAACAGAACGCGUGCGCGUCGGACAAGAGGCCAGGAAACGAAGCGGCGGCGGCGGCGGCGGCGACGGCGGCGGGCGGUUGGUGCGUUGA